CAUUGCGCGCCGAUCGAUGUGUGAUGCGGAAGUAUGGUAACGAGUCUGUUGUUUUUGCAUAAUAAAAUAUGGCGGAUAGACUUGAGGAGGCAGAGGAGCAGUAUUUCGAUAGGAAUGAUGAGCAUUUCUCGUUCUCUCAUGAUACGGGGGAUUCAUCUUCUACAAGUAAUGCACACCAGGACAAUGACACUGUCCGGGGCCAUGCUGGGUGGGCAGUAAAGAGAGCUAGAGAUGUUAUCUUUAAGGGGCAAGAUAAAGUGCCAGCGAAGGAAACUGUUAACGACGAUUCGCCAGUGAUUUUCAGCAGCAAAACAGCCGCACUAGCAGUUUUCUCACUAUUGGGGGAAGAUACGAAACAGGCUAAUGGCAACUACAAUUUUAUUAUUUAUGAGCACGUCAAUCCUUUUUUUAUUUAUCUGCACAAAUUGACUGAACUUCUAUUAAGUCCGGAUAAUAUUCUCAGGGAAAAGGAAAACAUACUGAAAUUUUGUCUUGAUGAAAUGUCAACAAAUAAGGAAUUGAGAGGUAGAUGGAAUGAAAUAACACCGAAUUCAGACAUGGUAGCAUCUGUUGUGGUUUUGCAAAGAAUUGUCACUUUCUUCCUUAAGUCGAAGCAGCAAAUAAUUCGUGAAAAAGAAGGCCUUAAGCCGAAGAAAAAUAGCAUCGCUCACCGACAGCAAUUAAGUCGAAAUAAAAAAUGCUCUGCUGUAUCCCACACUCGGACAACAGUGGAUCAAUCCCACACUCAGACAACAGUGGAUCAAUCCCACACUCAGACAACAGUGGAUCAAUCCCACACUCAGACAACAGUGGAUCAAUCACAUAUACAAACCUUGAGAAACAAUUUAAACAGUUCUUCAUUACAUGUGUUUUUACUUCAUUUGCAAACUCUGCCUUUUUCAGAACAGGAAAAUAUUUUGACAAAAUUCAAAGGGAAGGAACUUGGUAAAAUAUUGAAGUCAUUGGGACAGCCAGCAUUUUUUGGGAAAAAAAAAGAGAAACAAAUACAGACCCUCUUGGAUACAAUAAAGAGAGGACAGAUAUGCAUAAAUUUUCCCAAAGAGUUGGCAAAAUAACUCUCAAAGAUAAACUGGCCACAGUUGCGAGGUAAAGAUACUUUCCAUAUUACCUCUCCUUGGAAGACUUGUGAUGCUACUCUCCUGCUCACUACUAAGUUCUAUUUCAUCAUUAUCCAAAACAUUUGUUUGUGUCUUCCUUAGCAAUUUGGUGGCAGAAUAUGUGAUAGCACUGUUUACGUUAUAUCCAUAAGCAAUUGCAGUCAUGUUGGUUGUACCGCCACAUGAUUGCCUUUGCACCGAGAAGAAAGACUCAACUAGAUCUUGACUUAGUCGCUUUGGAAUCACAUAAUGGCUUCCUUGGAGGGAUUGGAUUUCAGGACUUCCAAUGAAUUUAACAAGUUCCUUAAAGCCGUUAAUUGAAACCUGCAAAGUCAAAGAAAACAGUUGGUCAAAUAAUAUUCAUUCCCAAGUUCAUACAUUCACUUUUUAAGUUCAAAAGGGUUUUGAUAUGAAUUUUAAAUUUUAUUAGAUAUGUAUGUGAAGAGUUAACUAAAAAUACUGGGUUGAUUAUAGUUAAUUAUGGCUUUCAAAUCAACUAUCAAAUCCGAUUAUUUU